CCAGACGUCUUUUUCUCUGUGUGCCAGGCAACUGCGACGAUGGCGAUGGAACGUGUGAAGCAGCUAGUGUCGCACAUGACGCCGGGCUCGUCAAAGGGCGUCGCGGCGCUGGAGCGCAAGAGCCCAGAUGACGUGGUUAUCACGAUGGCGAUUCGCUCGCCGCUCUGCAGAGCAAAGGGCGGAGGAUUCAUGCACACCCGGAGCGACGAGCUGCUGGCAGAAAUGUUCAAACAAGCGAUUGCAAAGUCGGGCGUGGAUCCCGCACACGUCGGCGACAUCACCGUGGGCACAGUGCUCGCACCAGGCGCGACGUACGAGGCUCGUGCGGCCGCCCUCGCGGCAGGCUUCCCCGAGUCUGUGCCUGUAGUGACGAUCAACCGAUUCUGCUCGUCAGGUCUCAUGGCCGUGACGGACAUCUCGAACAAGAUUCGGGCGGGACAGAUCGAAAUUGGUCUGGCAGUCGGCGUUGAGAGCAUGUCCAAUAACCCAGACAACGGCGCGCCGCCACUCAGCGAGAGCAUUAAAGCUCACCAGGUUGCAUGCGACUGUUCCAUGCCGAUGGGCCGGACGUCGGAGAACGUCGCUGGAGAUUUCAACAUCUCGCGCGAGGACAUGGACGACUGGUCCGCCAAGUCCUUCCAGCGCGCCGAGCGCGCAGACAAAGCUGGCUGGUUCGCCAACGAGAUCGUCCCCUUCACCGCAUACGAGAAACCCGACGAGACCGGCAAGCGCGCGACGAAAGUCGUCGCGAAGGACGAUGGGAUCCGGUAUGGCACGACGAAGGAGGGGCUGCUGAGGAUUAGGUCGGCCUUCCCCCAUUGGCAGCCCGCGCAGACCACCGGCGGCAAUGCGAGCCAGAUCACGGAUGGUGCGGCGGCGGUGUUGCUGAUGACGAGGCGCAAGGCGGAGGAGCUGGGACUAAGGAUCUUGGCGAAACAUAUCACGACGGCGGUUGCUGGCGUGCCCCCGCGCGUGAUGGGCAUCGGGCCGACACAUGCAAUUCCCAAGGCUCUUGAGCUAGCUGGGAUCACUCAGGAGGAUGUGGAUCUCUUUGAGAUUAACGAGGCAUUUGCGUCAAUGAUGGUCUACAGCCUACGAACGCUAGGACUCGACCCCGAGAAGGUAAACGUGAACGGCGGUGCGAUCGCGCUGGGACAUCCUUUAGGCGCCACAGGUGCCCGACAGCUUGCAACCGGGCUGAACGAGCUGCACAGAAGGAAGGGCAAGAUUCUGGUUACUUCGAUGUGUAUUGGUACCGGCAUGGGUGCUGCGGGGGUGUUUGUCGGUGAAUAUUGAGCGUUUCUGAGGGAGUUAGGCGGCUGCGCAGCACUCAGAACUCUGCAUGAUUCCUCGCGAGGUCACCUGUGAUUAUAUACUUAGCUGGGCUGUUUUCGUGACGACCUUA